CAAAACCAAAACUCACAAGUAACCCCCAAAAGACCAAAAAAAAAAAGCUCAGAGAGAGAGAGAGAGCGAGAGAGGUAAAAGAAGAAAUGAUGAAGGUGAUGAUGAUCUUUGCGGCGGCGAUGACGGUGAUGGCUUUGGUUUCGGUACCGGCUGUAGAAGCACAGACUGAGUGUGUGAGCAAGCUAGUCCCUUGCUUCAACUUCUUGAACGUAACAACGAAGCCGUCCAAGGUUUGUUGCGACUCGAUCAAAGAAGCUGUGGAGAAAGAACUUAGCUGUCUCUGUACCAUCUACACAACUCCUGGUCUGCUCGCUAAUUUCAAUGUCAGCACUGAUCAAGCUCUUGGUCUCAGCAACCGUUGCGAUGUCAAAACUAAUCUCUCCGCUUGUAACGCUAAAGGAGCUCCAUCGCCAAAAGCUUCUUUACCUCCUCCAGCAGGAAAUAAUAAUACCAAGAAUGACGCCGGAGCCGGAAACAAGCUCGCCGGUUAUGGAGUAGUCACCACCGUGAGCUUGUCGUUGAUCUCAUCCAUCUUCUUCUGAAAUCUUUAAACCGGAUUUACCCAGUUUUCAGAUUGUUUAACCCGGUUUAUUAUUUCUCAAUAAUUCUCGACAUUUGUUUGCUUUUGGUUUAACUUAUUUAAUGAUAAGUAUUUUUGGUUCACGUGUUAUGUAUUAUUAUCUGAUUCAUCAUUGAGUCCCAUGUUCGUAUACCGGUCUUAACCGGAACUCUAUCAUUUGUAUUUUGUAUAUUUGAGUAUGAUUUAUGAGUUUUACAAGCUGGGUUUGUUGUAUAUGUGUAAUAUUGGAUUUUAUUCAUAUAA